GCAGGCACCUUUCUGGGUCUCUGGGCCAAACGACUCGGACUGUGGCUUUGGUCUCUCCCCAGCUCCUCCCUCAUCAUGUGGCUGCCCCCCGUCUCCGCCCCCAGCUCCAGCUCCAGUUCCUGUUUCUGCCUCUCCUCCCUCAGCCCCUGGGGCUCUCUCGCCUCCGCCUCCUCCUCCUCCAGGGCCCUCUGCCUGAGGCCCUGAACUGACUUCUUCCUUCCGGGAGGGAGCCGGAGCAUCCUCGCUCCCUCCAGUUCUGAUGCUCCCCUCUCCUUGCCCUGCCGCCCACCCUGCAGCUAGAGCUGACCGGCAAACUGGGGGUGCCCAGGGGCGCUUCCCCAUUGCCUUUGAAAUCUCAGGACUAUCGCUGCGCCGGCAUAGCUUCUUGGCCUCCCCUCCUGAGUCUGAGGGUUCUGUUUUGCCCCCUCCUUAGGAAUCAGGGUGCAAUUCCUAGAGCCUCUCUCCUUAGGCUCAGCCCCAGGGGCUCUCCUUCCCCCCCUCCCCAUUUGCCUGGACUCCCCAGGAUGAAAGGAGGAGAGGGGGAUGCAGGAGAACAGGCCCCCCUUAACCCUGAGGCUGGGGAGAGCCCCGGAGGGUCAGCCACCUACCGGGACUUUGUGCAUCGAGGCUACCUGGACCUCAUGGGAGCCAGCCAGCACUCACUGCGCGCCCUCAGCUGGCGCCGCCUCUACCUCAGCCGAGCCAAGCUCAAGGCCUCCAGCCGAACGUCUGCCUUGCUCUCCGGUUUUGCCAUGGUGGCCAUGGUGGAGGUCCAACUAGAGACCAACCACGACUACCCCCCGGGGCUGUUGGUGGCUUUCAGUGCCUGUACCACAGUGCUGGUGGCCGUCCACCUCUUCGCCCUCAUGGUGUCCACCUGCCUGCUGCCCCACAUCGAAGCUGUCAGCAACAUUCAUAACCUCAAUUCUGUCCACCAGUCACCCCAUCAGCGACUCCAUCGCUAUGUUGAGCUGGCCUGGGGGUUUUCCACAGCCUUGGGCACUUUCCUCUUCCUAGCUGAAGUGGUCUUGGUUGGCUGGGUAAAGUUCAUGCCCAUUGGGGGGCCUACGGUGGCCCCUGUGCCCGAGAUCUCUUCUUCCCUGGCCUCAAGAGGGCCUCAGAACUCUUUACCUGAGGCAUCGACCUCCAUAGGCCCAAGUCCUGGACUAACCCUAACAGAGCCAGUGGUCCCCUUGAGUCCCCCAACUGUGACAUCAUCCUCAGGAAUGCCAUCCAAGGUCGGGCCUUCCCCUGUGACCUGCUCCCCUCGACAGAGGUGUGAGGAGCCAGGGGCCUCAUCGCAUGGGCCUGGGUGGCAUGCCGCUAUGGCCUCAACAGUGAUCAUGGUUCCUGUGGGCCUGGUUUUUGUUGCCUUUGCCCUCCACUUCUACCGAUCUCUGGUUACUCACAAAACGGACAGACACCGGCAGGAGCUGGAAGAGCUGAGCCGCCUCCAGGGAGAACUGCAGGCUGUGUGAAGUGGGAGAGAGCAAGGGAAGGAAAGGGGCUUUGGGAAGAAGCAAAAAGAAGCUGAAGCAGCUGCCGCCACACAGCAUUGAAUUGGAAGGGGCCCCGGCAAAAGAACUACAGGGUAUCCUCAAGGUAGGCCCAGGAAGGAGGCGCCUGGCAACCUGACUCAGGUCCCCAUCCCCCUGCCAGGAGCCCUGGGCCCAGAGGAGCCCCACACCAGCUUUCCCAAAGUGGAAGAGGGACCUGAUUUCCUCCCCCCUCCCCCAUCUCAGAACAGGGGUGGGUCAGGUGGGGCUGGCCUUCGAGGGAGAGCCCACUACCCAUCUGGUUUUCUCUAAGCUGAGCCCCACCUCUACAGAGCCAAAGAGUCAUGGGGCUUGGUCUAUUCUGAGGCCCUCCACCUAAAGGCAUCCUCCUUGGGAAGGUAUACAUUUGACCCACUAUGGUUUUCAUAUCACUGAAAAUUUAUUGGCAGCAGCUAUGCCCAUUCCUCCCCUUUCCUAGGUCCUCUCCCAGUAAAUUUAUGCUUCUUAGAGGACUUCUCCGAGGAUUCCCCUAAAUCUGCUGUUUAAGGAGGCCCAUUAGGAUUGCCCAAAUUCAAGCUUGGUCCUACCUCUUGAGCUCCAUGGCCUGAAGGGGGUGGGGUUCUCCCUAGGGUAUAGGACUUAUCCCUCUCCCCCUCAAUUGGGAUCACCUUUCCACUUGGAUAGGUCCUCCAGUGCUGACCUACAACUUUUUUAUUUCCAAGUUCUGAGGAGCCCCAGGGAUAGGUAACACAACAUUGCCUCCAAAUUGGAGGCCUCCCUCCUCUUGCCUCUUUAUUGUAAGUACUGCCCCAAGGCUCUGAUGCACCAGAAGAAAUUGCCUUACCUGCAAACACAGCCUUACCCCCCCCCCCCCAUCUUUGGCCCACAUCACCUGUCUCUCUCAAAGUUCCAUUCUUCCCUCCUCCUGGCCCGGGUGGGAACAGGGGAGAGGGGCUGGCAAAGGGGAAUAGAAAGAUGGGCUUCCAUGGAGAAAACCCUGCCCAAUCCCAGCAGUUAUAUCCCACAUAGGCUUUGCCUCACAUUAAGCACCCCAGGGAGCCCUCCUCUACCUCUGUAGUGACAGGGAUCCAUUCUGACACCGAAUUUCCCUACAGCUUUCUUUUGUAACAAUAAAUCUUGUUUGACACACAUGACUGUGGCUGUGGAGGCUAGAGUAGGGCUGGCUCUCUGUGUCUCAGGAGCCUGGGUAGAGAGCGUUACAAUGAGGGCAGAGGCUGGGGAAUUGGGGCUUGAGUUCCAGGAAAGGAACGCGCCUUGGUGGGGAGGGAAUGGAGUGGGGUAAAGAUCAGAGGAGUUGCUGUUUACGGGAGGCAGCAGAAGACCCAGCAGGUUGUGCCAGAGGGGGAAGCUUCUGUUCGUCUGAAGAUGGCAACUUAAGUCUUGAAAACUAAUCCCAAGCAGAAAAGAUUCAACUCCAAGUGUGGUGGGCUGAGCUGAGGAGGUGAGAGUGGGGCCAGGCUGAGCUGGUCAGAAUAGGUGGGCUACCAAAAAAAGUUGGAGGUGAGGGGUGGGGUUCACAGGGCUCUUGGGUCUGCCUAACCUCACCAGCAGGUCCUAGCCUGGCCUGCAAAUGGGAAUACAGCCUGGGGCAACCUUUGCUGCUUGCAAAGUCCUAGUUUAGCACUUUCCCUGCUACCUCAGACAUCUCUGGGCCUGGGUGGCUUCUUCCUCCUCUGCCCUGGGGAAUUCUAGCCCCCAAUUUCCUAAUGCCUGUCCUGUCCCAGUGAAAAUUCCCAAGAGACACACUUAGAAAGAAGGACUUAUAUGGUGCUAAGGAGUUUGUGCUGAGCCUUAUUUUCUUUUCAUCUAGAAACUGGGAAUGGAGGGGGAAAUGGGACCCAGAGAAUUGACAGUCUGGGAAAAUAUUCCUAGACCCUUUUUUUUGGUUUGUUUCUUUUGGGCAGGGGCCAUUGCUCCAACCCUCCCCCUAGCAAGGUUUUUAUUGCAUUUCCUCUAGAUACUAAACUUUAGUAUGUCCUCCAAAGCAAGCAGCCAUAGCAUUGUUCCUCAUUUUUUCCCCAAGAGGUGAUAGGAUUUAGAGAAAAGAACCUCGGGGAAUCAUCUAACCUCAGCCCUUUAGAGAUGAGAGAAUAAAGCCAGGGAAGGGAGAUGCCUCGUCCAGGUAUUCAAACCCUUGACCCCAAGUGUUCUUGCCAUACUGAUCCUCGUUAGCUGGAUUAUGACUGCACACUCAGACCGCACAAAACAAUUUUCUCCUUACUGACCCUAUGAGGUGUGUAGUGAAUUAUGCCCAUUUCACAGGCAAAGGAAACCGAGGCUCGGAGAAGCGCUUACGCUUGGCUCAAGGUCACAGCUAGGGAGCCUCAGCCAGCAUUUCAGACACAAAGGUCAACAGACCCACGUAAGGGGGCCUAAGUUUAGGACUGGA